GUUACUUAACGUAACGUUAGUAGAUUUAGGAUAGCAGAUAGACGGCACUGUCUUUUACGCACAUUACGGUUUAUGUUGCCAGGGAGUGAUUCACAACCAUAGAGACACAAUGGAGCUGCAGUUACAGUGUAAAUAGCAGGUGCCAGUUCUUGCAACUCACACAGAACAUUUUUACUGUCACUCAAACUCGGGCAGUGCUAUGCUAAAAUGCUGUUUUCUACGGACUGCUAGCAGCUAGCUUAUUGUUGUUUUGCGCUAACGAAUCAGCUUUGUGAUAUACCAACAGCCCCGUUAGCUAACGUUAACGUUACCUGCUUGAGCUCUGAUACUGGCAUUGGCUGUAUUUUCCUCUGCUAGCUAACCUAUCGCUAGAUAUUAAAACUGUCUAGAUAAUCUGUCUGAGAGGUAUUAUGGAGUUUUCUUUCGAUAUUAACCAGUUAUUCCCCGAGAGAGUCUCCAUCUUGGACCAGACCAUUGUUGCGGGUCCUAAAUCAGCACUAAGGCCAGAUCUUCAAGCCCACAUAGCCACAGUUAUUGAUGAACUUGGGAGAGCCUCAGCAAAGGCCCAACAGCUGCCAGCAGCUAUAACAAGUGCCUCUAAGCUGCAGACCCAGAGGCAUCAGCUCUACCUGCUGAAGGACAGAGAGAGCAACGGAGGACGUGGUGUAGUGGUGGGAUUUCUCAAGGUUGGCUACAAGAAAUUAUUUCUGCUCGACCGACAGGGUGAGCACGUAGAGGCAGAGCCGCUGUGUGUUUUGGAUUUCUACAUAGCAGAGAACAUGCAGCGACAUGGCUACGGGCUGGAGCUCUUUGAUUUCAUGUUGCAGCACAAGAAUUUAGAGCCGGUUCUGAUGGCGUACGACAGGCCCUCACCUAAAUUCCUGUCUUUCUUGGCAAAGCAUUACUGCCUGACACCAAGUGUUCCUCAGGCCAAUAACUUUGUGGUGUAUGAGGGCUUCUUCCUCAACAGAUCAGCGGCUCAGUUGAGAAAGGUUCCCCUAAAAAAGCCAGAUGGAGAGAUCAAACCCUACUCUUUAAUGGCGAGGGAAGUGGUGCGUCAGGAAGAGCGGGCUCGUCCCUGGCCAUUUGCUCCUCCUCACUCCCCCCAGCGGUCGGUAUCCUCCCAGUGCUCCCACUCCCUGAGCGUGGAAUCCUCCCCCAGCAGAACGCCCCCACGAGCCGCUCCAGCUUCCUCCCCUGGGGGCAACAGGGACCAGAGCCCACAGUCCCCUCUAAUCGAGCGCUGCAGAAUAAGACGCACCAGCCAACAGGGUCUAGUUGCCAGAUGCAGCCUGUACAGCCGGCACAUGGACAGCAGAGCUGUUGGACUGCUGGACAGACCAUUGCCAGGUCUGAGACCAGUGGGGGAUCAGCCACACGCACUGGGAUACACAGACACACACAGGUUGGCCAGUAGUCACAGACCACAAAGCAGGUCCCAGCCUCUCUCACUUCCACUUCUGUUUGCAUCCAAGAAGGAUGGUCUCUGCAGCAAGAGGUCCUCGGGCAGCAGAGAGACACCCCUGGGUUCAGAUGCUGAAGCCUGUGGUGCCAAAGAGGAGAAGAGGGUGUUGGACAGUGGACAGCCUCCAGCACGAGGCACGUUGGUCAGCCAGGGACACGUGUCGGAGAAGGAGAGCGACAGAAACGGACGAGGCUGGUCGUGGACUUUAGGGGAGAACUGCUACACCGCCCAGUGGGUGAAGAAGAAGCAAGAUAGCAGGAGCACCCGGCCUUGGUGAUCGGGAACUAGUUGUCAUCAAAGUUUAGACAUUAUUUAGUUGUUGCUAAAAAUGGAAAUCCGUAUUGAAUUCUGGAACCAUUCAAUGCUUUCAGAACACAAACAUGCCAAGGCAAGAAUUCAGUGUGACCUUCAGAUGUGUGUGUGUGUGUGUGUGUGUGUGUGUGUGUGUGUGUGUGUGUGUGUGUGUGUGUGUGUGUGUGUGUGUGUGUGUUGAUGGGAGCUCUAAUUUAAAAAGUUCACUUUAACUAGUUGACCUAACUGGUGCCAGGAGCCAAAUAUCAAGGUGUUUUCACGACAAGAGCCAUCAGACACCAAUAUCUGUACCCAAUGGAAAACAUUGGUUUAAAUGUGUAUUAGGGCAGCAGUAUUGAAUAGAUAAAACUAAAGUUGCAACCAAUUCAGUUGUGCUAAUUUACAGAUAUAGCCAUCUAUAAUUCCCCGUGCCUCCGUGCUGGGGCCCAGGCAGGACUGUGACUGGUCCCCGGUGGGACCAUGUUCUGACAUUGGCUCAAAUUAAAUCCCCCACUGAUGAAGUAGUGAACGCAGGGCCGACUUGGAAAUCAGUUGCAAUGGUUUAUCUAUCCACGAGAGGGAGCAGUGAUUAUGGACAUGAAGGAUUUUACCCAUGGACUGUAAAAAUAAUGGACAAAGCUUCCAGGCCUGAAAAGUGAAGCCAAUGCUGAAGCUCCUUAAAGCUG